GCUGCGGGCUAGGGGAGGGCGCGGCGGUGGCAGCCUGCGCCCGCGGGAGGAAGCCGCGCCGAGAGCCGGCACCAUGAACCGCUUCAAGGCGUCUCGGUUCCGGCACGCGGCGGCCAAGCCGGCCCGCAAGGAGGCCUGGAUCAAGGAUAUCCGAGCCGGCUCCGCCACCUCCUGUGGAAAUCACAUCAAGUCCAGCUGCUGCUUGAUAGCAUUUAAUACUGACUCAGCAGGUGUGUUGGGCAUCGUGCCACUGGAGAGCCAGGAUAGAGGGAAGAGGGCUGUGUCCCAGCUGUGCUGCCAUUCAGACGUGGUGACGGAUUUUGACUUUUCUCCAUUCGACGCGCUCCUGCUGGCGACAGGCUCUGCCGAUGAAACCGUGAAGGUGUGGCGCCUGUCUGAGAGUGGCCAGGACCUGCCCUCCUGCCCUGGAAUGACUCUGGGGCCGGCAGGAUGCCAGGUGGAGACACUCCAGUUCCACCCGACAGCGGAUGGCAUACUGGUGAACGGAGCUGGGAGAACGGCAAAGGUCUGGGAUGUGGCCCAGCAGAAACCCCUGACAGCACUGGAACCUCACGGCGACCUGAUCCAGAGUGUGGCCUGGAAACAAGAUGGUGCCCUCCUCGGCACCUCCUCUAAGGAUAAGAAGCUGCGGAUCUUUGACCCAAGGACCAAGCCAGCUGCAGCCCAGAGCAUCCAGGGUCACGCAAACAACAAGGAUUCCAGGCUGCUCUGGAUGAACGCCAGCGAUUAUGUUCUCUCCGUAGGAUUCAGCCAGAUGAGGGAGCGUGAGGUAAAGCUGUGGGACACACGGCGAUUCAGCAGCUCGCUUGUCUCCAUCACGCUGGACACCUCCCCAGGGGCGGCGAUCCCACUCUGGGACCCUGACACUGGGCUCUUGGUGGUGGCUGGAAAGGGUGAAAAUCUCCUGUACUGCUUUGAAGUGUGCCCCUCGCUGCCAGCUCUGAUGCCAGUGACCCAGUAUCUGACGGAGGGCAAAGCCAAGGGCGCCACCCUGGUGCCAAAGCGGGCGCUGGACGUCAUGUCCUGCGAGGUGCUCAGAGUCCUGCAGCUGACAGAUAGCUUCAUUAUUCCCAUCAGCUACACGGUGCCCCGCAAGUCCUUGCAGGAGUUCCAUGAAGAUCUGUUCCCAGACUCCACUGGGCCCGUCCCCGCGGUGUCAGCACAGGGCUGGUGGGCAGGGGACAACAAGCAGGUGGAGAAGAUGAGCCUGAACCCCGCCCACAGGCCGCGGGAGACCUUCACCUCCUGCCUGUUUCCUCCUGCCCGGCGUGAGGAGCCCGCACCACCCGCUGCCCAGCAUCUCGCCGCCCGCUCUGGGGACGUGGACAGGAGCGAAGGCAGCAGCCUCUCAUCUCCCCCCAGCUCCAUGAGCUCUCCCUCCAGCUCAGCCCCAUCUCUCUCCACCACCAGCCCCAGUCAGAAGUCCCUGCAGAGCAUUCUGGGGCCCAGCUCCAAGUUCCGUCAUGCCCUGGGGACACUGCUGCCCCGCGGCACCCACAUCACCAACCUCAAGGGGCUGAACCUCACCACGCCAGGGGAGAGCGACGGCAUCUGCGCCAACCGGCUGCGUGUCGCCGUCCCACUGCUGUCAGCAGGCGGGCAGAUCGCCGUGCUGGAGCUCUCCAAGCCAGGCCGGCUCCCCGACACGUCCGUGCCCACCAUUGAGAAUGGGACGCCGGUCGCAGACUUCUGCUGGGACCCCUUUGACCUGCAGCGCCUCGCAGUCGCUGGUGAUGAUGCCAAGAUCCGACUGUGGCGAAUCCCCCCUGGAGGGCUGCAGGAGAUGCUGCUGGAGCCUGAGGCUGUGCUCAGAGGUCACACGGAGAAGAUCUACUCCCUCAAAUUCCACCCCCUGGCUGCAGACAUACUGGCUUCCUCCUCCUAUGACAUGAGCGUGCGGAUCUGGGACCUGCAGGCGGGCAGGGAGAAGCUGUGCCUGAGGGGGCACCGAGACCAGAUCCUCAGCCUGGCUUGGAGUCCGGAUGGCCGGAAGCUGGCCACAGUCAGCAAGGAUGGCAGAGUGCGGGUCUAUGUGCCCCGCCAGUCCCUGGAGCCCGAGCAGGUGAGGGGUCGGUCGCUUCCUCCUGGGGGGUGGAGGGGAGGGCAUGACGGAGCCAGGGCUGUGGGGGGACCAGGAGGGAGUUCGCUGCGGGGCACAGGGGUCCCUGGGGGGGUGUUUGGCCAGCAGCAGCGGGAGUGGGCUACAAUGUGCUCUGCUCUGCCCAGCCAGUCAUGUGCUCCCACUCCUGGCUCCCAGUCCUGCCCCGAAUUUGCCCUGCGCAGCCCAUUCCCCUUUGUCACCGGCCAGGGUCGAGGCAGCUGUACAGGAAGUGUUGGGGGCAUAGGCUGGGGAGUCACGGGUCUUUCCCCCCAACAGGAAGGCCCUGGCCCUGAGGGCGGGCGAGGUGCACGGCUGGUCUGGGUCUGUGGUGGCCGCUAUCUGCUGGUGUCUGGCUUUGACAGCCGCAGCGAGCGCCAGCUGUACCUGUCUGAUGCAGCGUCCCUGGCAGCCGGGCCCCUGGCGGUGUUGAGCAUCGACACAGCUCCCUCCACCCUCAUCCCCUUCUACGACCCGGACACCAGCGUGGUCUUCCUCACCGGCAAGGGCGACACAAGAGUCUUUGUCUACGAGGUGGUCCCCGAGGCGCCCUUCUUCCUGGAGUGCAACAGCUUCACUUCCAGCGACCCACACAAGGGCUUUGUGUUCCUGCCCAAGACGGAGUGUGAUGUGCGGGAGGUGGACUUUGCCAGGGCUCUGCGCCUGAGGCAGAACUCCAUCGAGCCGGUCGCCUUCAGGGUCCCCAGAGUCAAGAAGGACUAUUUCCAGGACGACAUCUACCCGGCCACUGCAGUGUGCUGGGAGCCGGCCCUCCCCGCCGCGGCCUGGUGUGCGGGCACCGAUGGGCAGCACCGCACCAUCAGCCUGCAGCCCCGGGACAUGACGCCAGUGAGUGCAGCCCCACAGGAUGUGCCGUCCCGGAAGUACGUCCCGGCCUCAGUCUACCUGGAGGAGAAGUCUGACGAGCAGAAGAAGGAGGAGCUGCUGAGCGCGAUGGUGGCCAAGUUGGGUAACCGGGACGACCCCCUGCCGCAGGAAUCCUUCGAAGGGGUGGAUGAAGCGGAAUGGGACUAGCCCUGGAGGGGCAACUCCUGUCUCCUGGGACCGCAAUCUCCUCCGUGCCAAUGCUGCUGGCUCCCCACUUCCCUGCCUGGCCUUCACAGCCCCCAUGCUGAGGCCUUGCCUUUCGCUGGACUGUGCCCACACCCCAGGGCUUCGCUGCUCCCCAAUCCAGCACCGAUCUCCCUGGAGGGCCUCAGGCCCAGCCCAGGCCCUUUCCCAAAGAGCCCGGGAAGCCGGCUCUGCACCGGGCUCUGCUUUGUUACCUAAGGGCUAACGGACUGAGUGAGCCAGAUCCUGCCAGCUUCGCCAGGCUGCACUCUCCUCUCCGUGUGGGGUCUGGCGGGGCUAUGGACUCUCUGCUGACCACUGUGCAGCCGGGCUGGGGCUGGCCAUGCUGCCUGCGGCUUCGGCCAGGAGUUUAUACCCUCUGCCCGUUGGACCAGCGGGCUCCUCCAGGCACCUCAAAUCACCCAUCCUCAAGCAGAGCUGCUCGUCGGUCGGCUGACGUCCACGUUGUACUUGGGCCCCAGCCGAUGGCACUGUGGUGGUAACCACCGCGGGCAAGGACAGAGCCACCCUGGGGGCUGCAAGGCUGGGGAAGCAAAGGGCCGUGGGGAGCUGGGGAUGCCACCGUGGGAUCUGGCCUUUCAUAACCACCAACCCUCCCUGUUCUCGCAACACAAGCUCUUUGGCCCAACUGAGCGUGGCCCCCAAGCAAGGGUGCGGCCUGCAGCACCUCCUUCAGGCCAGCUCUGCUCACAACGCACAGGUUUUAGGGGUCUGAUACCCAGGGCUGCAGGUGCCUUGAACACCUCCACAAGUCUACUCCAGAGCACUUGCACGUGCCUCACGCUUCUUUCAGGCUGCGGGGAGCAAGGGCCAGAGGCUGGAAUCACUGCGGCACAGUGUACACCAAGUGCCUUCUCAGUGAUCGGCUGUCGCCCCUGGCUCACUGGCACCUGUCGAUCCACUGCAGGGGCCUGGCCCGAGAUUGUUCUUCAGUUCAGAACUGAAGGCGAAGUCACACUUGUUCUGUUUCCUGUCUGGCAGACAUUCAAAGCACAAGCCUUCCCAAGAGGGGCACCACACCCUGGCCUCGAGGGCUGCCUGUCUGGAGGGUGGGCAAGAGUCGCUGGUGGGUAGCCUUGGCAGAGAGCAGGGAUGGAACAGGCCUGGAGCUCAGCACUGUGGUUCAGGAACCCAAGGGUACCCGGCCUGUGUGGCACUGCCAGCCCAGGCCUGGGCCCAGCCCCAGUCCCAGCAGAGCUUCCACUGCAACCCCACUGGCACGCCUCUGGAGCCUUCCCUCUACCCCAGGCUGGGCUUGGGGCACAGGCUUUUCCUGCAGGUGGGCAGUGCCCUCUUGGUUACAACUCGGACUCAAGUUCCAGGUGCUAUUGCUGAUUUCCCUCUGACCCUGGCAUUUAGUGCAGCGCCCCCAUCAGCUCAGGCAGGCGGUACCCAGAGAUGCUUGCCCUGCUGCUCGUGGGGUACCCAGUCUGGACGCCUCCAGGCCUGCCAGGCUGGCAUCCUUCCCCAGCAUUACAUUCGCUCUGCGCAAUAUUUCACCAACAGUGUGAGCCUUUAGCCCACCUAGGCGGUGUCUAGCAGAGAGUGUGUGAUGUCACCCGGUAUGUGACCUGCUUGGGCGGAGGGGGAAUGUUCUCUUAGGGUGAAAGAGCAGAGCCUAGCUACCCUGAGCCAAGACCCACAGCUGCCCAGCCCUUCCUGGAGAGCCUGGCACCGCAAGGGGCAUUGCCUUGCCAACAAGCCCAAGUGCCAGAGCAGGGCUGGGGCUGUGCUUUGUAAGGCCUGGGAGCCUGGGCGUGGGGACUCAGUGGGGGCCCGCUGGAAGAGGACAAAUGCCAGCAACCCAAUGGAGAGGAGGGAGGGGGUUUCUGAAAUGGUGCCAUGAGUUUUAAUAAAAAACGGUACUUUAAAAAAAACAAACGGAGGCAGCAAAUCCCUGAAAGGCAGCAUGGCAGGCAAAGCAUCCUCCUUCUCCAGGGCUGUGGGGGGAUGGAUUCUCACACCUGCCUCUUGGCUGGCUGGUGCCGCAGCUCCCUGUCGGUGCUGGCCUGUGGCCAACUCCCACUUGCCCAUCAUCUGGCUGUCUUUGCAGCCUAGCUCACGGGCUGCGGCUGCUGUCACUGGGAGGGCCAAGCCCAAUGCAGGCAGCCAGUGUGGGCAGGGAGUCCCUGAACCACUGCAGCCAACUGUGCCUUCUCCUCUCGGACCCAGUGCUCCUGUGGGUGAGCCUUAGCGCUCACCACCACUGUUGUGGCCAGUGGAGGUGCCUCCCAGGGCUCUGCCAGCCGUCCAUUUUCCUUGGUGGGGUACAGGGGUGCAGUGGUGGUACACCCCAGACCCUGAGCCCAGCGCAUUGUCUUGCAGCCAGCAGUUUUCAGUGCCGGGCACCCGCAGCUCCCACUAAGCGCAUCACUGACGCUCCGGCCUGGCCCGCUUGGAGCCUGCAGGGGCUGCGUUCACAGCUCCGGACUCCCUGCAGCUUGGGAGAUGGCUGCCCCUGGUGCAGCUGGGAGACGUUGGGAGUUGCAGCUGUGCUACGCCUGGGGCGGGGGGGGGGGUGGAGGGAGGGAAGGCUGUGCCCUCAUGGAGGUGACCCAAAACAUGGAGAGGAUUGAGUUCAGAUGCAAGGCCCUGAGGGAAGGGAACUGCCAUUGCCACGGGGUAACUGGCUCCCUGUUGUUCUAGUGACUCCUAUUGCACUGGGUAUGGGUGGGAGGCAGGCAGCAAGGGCAACCUACGAAAGCCCACCCCCCUUGGCUGAUCAUUUGAAGUCUGGGUUUGUUGCGAUUUGGAACCAAACCUAAACAUGUUGAAAUUGGCCAUUCAAGGGCCUGGAGGUCUGGCUCAGCGCUCGUUCACCGGUCUAGCUGCCCCAGAGCCACAGCUGGAGUCACCAACGUGGGAGCUCUGGGGUCUCCAACUCUGUUGAGUUGGUGGGCGGCCCCAGAGCUGGGGCGCCUGCCAGGGGUUCCAGGCUCGUCUCCCUGCCUGGCAG